AUGGGCUUUCAAUAUGGGAAUAUUAUAUCUGAACCGACAGAUAAAGUCCCGAGUGGAGCGCACAGAAUUACAGAGGAGGGUCGGAGCCAGGGGAAGGAGCGAGGAUGCUGCGGGCAGCCAACAGUGCCCCGCUGGGUGCCGAGGGCAGGCUCUGCUCCUUCUCUCCGCCUUGGGGUGGGACCCCGAGAACUUCCCAGGGAAGCAGAAGGGUUUCACCGCCACGGAAGGUGGGAGAGCGCACUUGGGCAGGAGACGCCAUCCUGGGCGGCACUCGGGGCGCGGAGCAGGACCGGGCCUGGCGGUGCGGCAGCUGAGCGCAAUGGCACGGGGCGCUGGGGAAGGGGAAGCAGGGUGCCCCUGCGCGCGCUGCGGGCGAGCGUGUGGCCCGCGGGGGUGCGCGGCCUGGAAGCUCGGGGCGAGCACGGCGUGCGACCGCGCCGCUGGCAGCCCGUGAGGGCGCGCCGGCGGAUGGUCGCGGGCGCCGAGGGGCCGCCGCUGGUAGGUCCGAAGGGAUGCGCCUGGCCGUGCGGGGCCGGGCCGCCGACCCCCAGCAUUCCCGGGCGGCGAGCCAGGCCGCAGCCCGGCCCGCGGCUGACGGGCGACCCACCCCUGCCGCUCCCUCAACGCCCAGCUCCAGGACUCGGGGUCCCGCCCAGUCACCUACCGGCCGAGCGCCGAUCUCCCCAACCAAGCGAGUGUAACGCUCCGCUCGCUGGUGAUCUCCCGCCGCCGGCCGCCGACCGCCGCUCUCCGACACCACGCUCGCCCCGCCCCGGGCCCCGCCCCCUAACCGCCUUCACGGCCGCCCCGGGCCACGCCCCCCCCCCCCCCCCCCCCGGCGGCAGCAAUUUCGCCUCGCUUGGCGCCUCCUUUCUGUGGCCGCACCACGACCCUUGCCCCGCCCACCCCUCCAAGCUAGCCAAUGAGACGACCCGUCCUGGCUAG